AUGCAAUCUGGUUCGCCGUUUCAGCAAUCGGCGGUACCACCUUCUAGCGGUGCUGCGUCGGGAGGUGGAAGCGGCUCACCUGCCUCUUCUUCUGCACCGCCGCCGCCACCUCCGCCCAGCAGCAGCCGAAAGCGCAAGCCGUCAUCAUCUCAGACCUCGCAGCUGAGAGCUCAAGAAGCGCAAAUGUACGAGCAAGCCAGGGCUCAGCACAUGCUCGCUGCUCAGCAAGCUCAAGCGCAGGCUCAGGCUCAAGCGGCCAUGGGACACCCCGCUCACAUGCACGGCCAUCCUCUACACCAACCGUAUCCAGGCCAUUUCGGCGGCGCACCCAACACUCCCCAGCAACAGCAGCACGGGUACGCCGGUACAGCGACCGCAGGUCACAGCGGUUUUCCUAUACAACAGGGCGGGCACGAUCAUCACGGCCAGUACAGCCAGCAGCAAACGGGUCACCCAGCCCAACAGCAGCAGCAGCAGCAGCAGACAAAGUACGCUGGGCAAGGCGCGAUGCUGGGCAGUCAAUCGCCAGCUCAACAUUCUCAACCUCAUCCCCACCUCAGUCAGCACCCCCACGCUCAAGUGGGUCAAUCACCGCGAAUGAAUGGGCCCCAUGCGCACCACCCGCAGCCUCCUUCUACGGCGGCGCCUCAAGGUGGAGCAGCGGGUCCAUACGGUCCGCGAGGAUCUCUCGCCGCAGGUCAAGGUGUGCAUCCGCACCCUCACCACGCCCAGCAGCCACACAUGCAUCCUGCGCACGGUCAACCCCACGCCGUUCAGCCUCGAAAUCCUUACCCUCAACCAAAGAUUCCCUCAGAGAUGGCUGUAGGUCUGGCAUUGGAGGACGAGCACUCGGACUUUUUGCUCGAUGAGCUGGACAGAUUGUCGGCCAGGGACCUUGCCAUGGCUAGGUACACCCGCAACCAUUCCCUGCUCGGAGCCAUCUUUGACGCUAGGCGCAUCGAGGACCUUCGUCCCUCGCCUUCGCCGUACGCUGUGCACUCCAUCUCGGAAUUGCAAGCCAAGCUGGAAAAGGAGACGGCUACUAUUGCGCCAUUGGAAGCUGCGCACCGAGCCCGGGUGCAAGAGUUCAAGACAGCAAUCGACGCCAAGACAAUCGCAGGUUCGCUCGGAGCAGAGGCCGAAGUCAAGCGACACAAGCAACGGGCGGCUUCGAGAGCGAAUAUGGAUGUCGCGGAAGAGGCAGACGAGAUGCAGGUUGAUCCGAAUCAGCCGUCUCAAGAAGAGGCCGAAGGGCCAGAUUGGGCUCGCACCACGCGCGAGAGCCGGCACAUACACUCGAAUUACGUCAGGGCGCAAACACCAGAAGAGAUUAGAAAAUUGUUGCCCGCUCCGGCACCGAAGGAGGACCUGACGCCGAGAGCUCCGACUGUGCAGGAAGCUUCAGCCGCCGCUGCUGCUGCAGCGCCAGCGCAUAGCCACGCACAAACACAGGCAAAUCAGGGUCAGGUGCCGGCGCAAGAGCCUUCCGGCAAGGACACGUCUCUGGACGCAGCUCCUCAGGGCGUGAAGAUGACUGACGAGACAGUUCAAAGCGCUGCAGGAGCGGUGCAAGCUCCAGGCACGGAAUCCGCACCUGCGUCUGCAGCUGCUUCCGCCCCUGUUCAGAUUCGGGACGCUGUCUCGACAGAAGAGCGCAAUGGAGAAGCCCAAGAUGACGGCGACGGUGAUGGUGAUGCAGAUGCGGAUGCAGAUGCAGAGGAUGAAGACGCGGGCGUGCUUGAUACUGCAGGGGCCGAACAGGCCUCUGGAGAGAGCGCACCGAUCGGACUGCCACCAGCACCUCCCAACGAGGCCCUACCCACUGUGGCCGCUCUUCCCGUUGACGCUUCGGCACAAGAGUCAGAGCCUACCGAAUCGCUCAGUGUUGUCGCGCCUGCCCCUGUUGCGCUUGCCAAUGAGCCGGUCGCAGGCAAGAACGACGCGAGCACUGGAGCACCCUCAACGUCUGCGUCCGUUGAAGUCCCUGCACCACCUCCGGCUGCUGACCAAGCAACAAGCGCUCCCUCCGCUUCGUUAAGUCAGGUCGACGCUUCAGCGACAGAUUCAAUUGCUGACGUCGACACGUCUCUGCCCGAGCAGCGUCAAAGUCUGGCCCCAGAUGCCAUCGUUCCCCUGACAUCAAGUGUCGACGAGCACGCGGUAGCCGCGUCCGAGAUUAUCGCGCCUGCUUCAUCUCUUACCUCUUUGCCGGACGCUUCUGCUGCGUCAAGCUCCGGUAUAUCGAGCGAGAUCGAUCAAUCGAUGGUCCCAAGUGCGGGACUGCUUGCGCCCACGGAGGAUGCACUACAGAAUGCGUCUGGUGAUCAAACGGUGCAGGCAAUGUCGACAUCUUCGCCCGGCACGCUGCAGGCAGGAGCGCCGAGUAGUCCAUCAAAUGAUUCAAAUGCACAAGCAUCGGUCCAAGGAGCUUCAGUGCACCCCAUAGCAGGCGCCAAGGGAGCGGAGGGAGAGGCAGCAGCGACCUUGAGCGCCUCAGGCCUCGCUUCAGCCGACGAAGGGGUACGAGGCGGGGCAGGGAAGGAAACGACUACGGAAGCUGAAUUGGCACAAGCUCAUGCCAAGGGAGUCCCGGACCCCCAAGCUUCGAGGGAGGCUGGAGAAGCCGAUGCGCCCAUGGUACCAGUGCAAGCCGAGGGCGAGCAGCAGAAUGUCGACGGAGCGCCCACGGCAUCAUGA